UGGCCCUUGUCUUCUGUUGUUACAUUUGGUGUCGCUGCCUACCGACAAAUGAAAAGCCUAUACCCUGCAGUUUUUGAUGGAGACAUAUGGAUCUUCGGGCAGGACUUCAAGGCUUCUGCGCAGUUGAGUGGCGUUCAAGAUCUGUCAGCGAUGGAGCUGCUACUUGAGACGCUGCUGGGAGGUCGGGCGAAAGCAGCAUAUGAAGGUGUGGGCCGAAGUAUGGACGAAUGUUCGACAGGGUCAGGCAAACAGUUUCCAAAGUGGGAAGGACCAUAUAUGGUCACUUCGAGAUGGGGUUACGCAGACACAGUCGCAAUGGCGAACAAUGAGAGGCGCGUGAACGUCAGCGAGCUCCAGAAAUGGAUACAGCGAGACAAGCCAACGAUGACGCCUGCACCAAGUAGAUCAAGCCGACUUCAGUCGCACGUAUUUGACGGGGGGACGAGUGUGGUGAGAGCAGGCUGCUAGCCGAUUGGUUGGCACUAAUCUACGUUAAGGUCUAGGUCACUAAUAUGGACCGCG